AGAAGCUUGAGUCCUGAAUCCUGAGGCGCCCGCGGCUGCCUGGGUGUCGUGCGCCGCUCGUCCGCCCUGGGCUCCUGCGCCCUCGCCUAGCCUCCCUAGCCCGCCCGCGCGCUUCUCUCAGCCCCCGCGUGCCAGUGGGACCCCACGCCUGUGCGCUUUCUGCGCCGGACCGGGCCGCCUCGGGCCAUGGUGCCCUCCCGGGAGGAGCCCGCCGCCGCGCGGGGAAUGAGCGAGGCGCAGCCGCCAGGGCCCGAGUCCAUGGAGGACGCUCCGCUGCCCGGCCCGGGACCCUCGGACGGCGCCGAGGUGGCCGCGGAGAAGGUUGAGGUGGAGCUGGCGAGGCCGGCGGGCGCCGAGCCCCCGGAGGGCGGCUGGGGCUGGCUGGUGAUGCUGGCGGCCAUGUGGUGCAACGGGUCGGUGUUCGGCAUCCAGAACUCCUACGGGGUGCUCCUGGAGUCCUUGCUGAAUGAAACCGGGACCGCGAACGAUGACCAGAUGGUCUUCAAGGCUGACUGUUCCACAAGAUGGAGUUCACCCUCAGUUACCAGCUCUCAUUCAUCCCAUGGGAGAGGUGCUACUCGCAUAAUCACAGCAUGGGUAGGUUCCCUGUCCAUGGGGAUGAUCUUCUUUUGCUGCCCUAUAGCCAGUGUUUUCACAGACAUAUUUGGCUGUCAGAAAACAGCUGUUGUGGGUGCUGCUGUGGGAUUCAUUGGACUCAUGUCCAGUUCUUUUGUAAGUGCCAUCGAGCCUCUGUACCUUACCUAUGGAAUCGUGUUUGCCUGCGGCUGCUCCUUUGCAUACCAGCCUUCCUUGGUCAUUUUGGGACACUAUUUCAAGAAGCGCCUUGGACUGGUGAAUGGCAUCGUCACUGCUGGCAGCAGUGUUUUCACAAUUUUGCUGCCUUUGCUUUUAGAGUUUCUGACUAGUACUGUGCGUCUCUCCUACACACUGAGAGUCCUCUGCAUCUUCAUGUUUGUUCUAUUUCUGGCUGGCUUUACUUACCGACCUCUUGUUUCCAGUGCCAAAGAUAAAGACAGUGAAAGCAGCAGAUUCUCCUUCUUUUCCAGGAGAAAGUUCAGUCCUACAAAAAAGUUUUUCAAUUUUGCCAUCUUCAAGGUGACUGCUUAUGCAGUGUGGACAGCUGGAAUACCACUGGCUCUUUUUGGGUACUUUGUGCCCUAUGUUCACUUGAUGAAACAUGUAAAUGAAAGAUUUCAAGAUGAAGAGAACAAAGUGGUGGUUCUCAUGUGCAUUGGCAUCACUUCAGGAGUCGGACGCCUUCUCUUUGGACGAAUUGCAGAUUAUGUGCCAGGCGUGAAGAAGGUUUAUCUACAGAUACUCUCCUUUUUCUUCAUUGGCCUGAUGUCCAUGAUGAUUCCCCUGUGCAGCGUCUUCGGGGCCCUCAUCGCUGUCUGCCUCGUCAUGGGUCUUUUCGAUGGAUGCUUCAUUUCUAUCAUGGCUCCCAUUGCCUUUGAAUUAGUUGGUGCUCAGGAUGCUUCCCAAGCAAUUGGAUUUCUGCUUGGAUUCAUGUCCAUACCUAUGACUGUAGGGCCACCCAUCGCAGGGUUACUUCGUGAUAAGCUGAACUCCUACGACAUGGCCUUCUACCUUGCUGGGGUCCCUCCCCUUGUUGGAGGUGUUGUGCUUUGUUUCAUCCCUUGGAUACAUAGUAAGAUGCAGAGAGAGAUGGAUAAAACCACUGGAGGGGAGAAGAUGGAAAAAAUGUUGGAGAACCAGAACUCUCUACUGUCAAUCUCUUCUGGAAUCUUCAAAAAGGAAUCCAACUCUAUUAUUUAAUGUCUUAUAUACCUCUACCUGACUGGAUUUGCUUUUGAAUUUUAAGCAAGUUUUCCUUUUAUAUGAAUUGCAAAUUUCUUAUUUUUAUAAUCACAUACUUGAAAUAGCACAGUUGGGAAAUGGAACCUUUAUUACUACAAGAACCAUUUUCUACCACCAAAUAGCUUUGAUAUUUCCAGGAGUCUGAGGGAAGAGACUGUUAUAGGAAAUGUGCCUGAAAGCCACACAUUGUGAACAUUUGAAGCUAUCUCAUUAAAAAGCGGCCUUGGAAACCAAGAAUGCUGUUUAGCUAGUACAAAUACUUUACAAUACCUCGAGCUACAUUGAAAGGGUUGCAAUUUGGUUAGUGCUGGAAAUACUUUGUUGGGUUCCUCACUUGGUGUCUUUAGUUCUGGCGUUUUAGUUUCUGCUGCAUUUUGAAACUUUUUGCAAAAUUUAAGCCUGGAUUUUGGAUAAUAACAGAUCAACCUAAACUCAAAUCUGUUAAGUAAUUCAAGCUACGAAAUUAGAUUCUGACAUGCUCCAGUGUCCAGGGACCUGCUGGGAGCAGAUGCUCAUAAAUAUUGGGAGUGGGUAACGGAGUCGAAAGGGUUCUCUUCUUAAGGCAGCAGUCGGCGUCUCUGCUACUCACCUUUGCUCUUUUUGGUUUGCAGUGUGUUUUACUCCAGUUGCCAAAACACCCCAAAUUUCUGAUUUUGUGUGAACAAUAAAGUAAAAUAGAAUGUAUGAAAGAUAUUCUGGCACUUUUAAGUUAGAAUCUUUCUGACUUCUGGAUUUAUUAGGACUGGUAUUUAAGACGUUUCACUGAGCAUGUUACCAGUUAGCACAAAUUGGGGAAGGGGUACAAAACAGUUUUAUUCAUUAAGAAAAUACCUGAUAGAAAUAAUUGCUUAAACUGACUUGUGCAAUGAAUAAGUCUGAAAGGUUAAAAGUACCUUAUGAAGAGAAAUAAUUCCUGCAUUUCCAAAAAUUUCUAGCAAAAAUUUGCAUUCGUGUGUAUGGUCGUGUGUCACUUCAUAUGUUGAGAAAUAUGAUGUUAGUGAUUUCACCAUGUGAACAUCAGCGUUUACUUAUACAAACUAAGCAAAUGCCAUUGUCACUGGGUGACAUGGUCUUGGAGCAUACCAUCGUGCACAUGUAGCUCUUCUUGACUGGUACUUUUCCAGUCAAGCCCCUCCAUGACCCACCUGUUUCUGAAUCAUCUGUAAGGUGAGACACUUAAAUAUUAAGUUCUUGUUUCUUCUGCUCUUAGAAGGCAGUGCUUCCAUUCUCCAUCUAGCCAGGGUGGGGCUGCCUGGAGAGGACGGGUAGGGCCAGAGGGAAAUGAUGCUCUUAGUUGAAACCUGGAAAAGUCCGGGACUUUUCCUUUUAGUAACAGCUCUCAUCUGUCAUCUUGAAGGAGUUCACAGUCUAAAUGCUAAAUGUAGAAUUUAUUUUUAAUGGGAUUUUAAAUAAUUGUAAUUUAUUUGUGGUGAGAUAGAAUCUCUCUAAGUAGAUCAAACUGGCCUUGAGUUCUCUAUCCUGUUGCUCCAGACUUAGUUCUGUGAUUGCAGGUAUGUGCUACCUGGCAAUAAUUUUGAUUUUAAAGAUAUUCAGCUACUAACUGUACAGUUGCAAUGUACUGCCUUUUUUCUUUUAAGGUUUUUUGAAACAAAUUCUUGCUGUGUAACCCAGGCUAAACAGGAACUUGUGAUACUCCUGCCUCCACUUCCCAAAUGGUGGCCUGACAAGUGUGCUCCACAGUGCCUGACUGCGGCUUAUUACUUCUGCUGGUGUUCUGUUUCCGAUUGAAGGGACUUUGGCAAUUUGUUUGCCAAAUGUUCUCUUGCAGGAAAAAAAAAAAAAGAAAGAAAUCUACAUUUUAACUAUACUAUCUUUUCAUGUUCUUUUAUUAAACACUUUAAAGGUUUAAGUGUGAUAAUAUAGUACAUAUCAAGCACUGCAUUUAUUCAUCCUCAGCUACCUAAAAUAUUACUUCCUCAUCAUUAUUAGCGUUUUCAAAAGUUAAUUAAAACAUACAACUAAGACAGAAAACCAGACUUUCCAUUAUAAAUGUGGGGGGUUGUUGGUGGUGGUUUUUGAAAAAAACAAUUUUAGUGCUUUGUACAAGGAUCAACACUCUAAUCAACUAAGCUACAUCCUCACUCCAGGGAUUAAUAAAGAGAGCACCCCACUCUGAUUUUACAGAAGAAUAACUCUAAAAUUGAAAACUUCCGCUGUAAAGAUUUCAAAAAUGUUUUUCCUCUUAAAUUUUAUUUGUUUUGUUUUUGAAACAGGGUCUCACUAUGUAGAUCAGGCUGGCCUGGAACUUAGAAGCUCUCUGUCUCCUUGAGUAUUAGUUAUAGGCACAUAGCUUUAGCACAUACAGUAGAGAGAAAAGUAAUAACCCAAAGACCUAGUCUAAUCUGGUUAAAUUUCAUAUUCAAUUUCAUAUUCAAGGAGUAUAUCUGGGCAUGGGGCACACACCUUUAAACCCAGCACU